CCCUCAGAUGGUAGAUGCCGGAGGCUGUUUCCGGUUCCGGGACAAGGGUCAGCAGGCCCCUGGUUGGAGAUCGGCAGUAGUCGAUGUUUUGGAUGCAGCCGCCGGUUCAGUAGGUGCCGGUAUCGGAAAGGGAGCGAUUUAUCGUCCAGGUUAACGUUUGUGUUUUUUUUAACCAUAAAAAACCAUAAACAGGGCAAAUGGCGAGAAACACGCUCUCCAACAGGUUCCGGAAAGUCGAUGUUGACGAGUACGAUGAGAACAAGUUUGUGGAUGAGCAGGAGGAGGCGGUGGAGCAGCAGGGACCCGACUCGCUGGAGGUGGACACUCUCAUCAGGCAAGGUGACAUGCUUAGUGCAUUCCAUGCAGCAUUAAGGAACCCUCCAGUCAACAUGAAGAAUCAAGCAGUUAAGGAGCGGGCACAGGGAAUAGUUCUCAAAGUCCUCACAUCCUUUAAAAGUAGUGAGAUAGAACAGGCUGUUAAGUCAUUAGAUAGAAAUGGCAUUGACCUUUUAAUGAAGUACAUUUAUAAAGGUUUUGAAAAACCUACAGAAAACAGCAGUGCAAUAUUACUGCAGUGGCAUGAAAAAGCAUUAGCAGUGGGUGGAGUAGGUUGCAUAGUACGAGUUCUCACUGCAAGAAAAACGGUUUAAAAAGUUACGUGACAAGUUGACUUGAUGUGGACUGAAAGCUGUUGGAAAGUAUGAGGAAGCAACAGCUAAAGGGAAAUAUCUGAACCCAUCCUUUGAAGAUUAAUCCAUAUUAAAUGAAAUUAUUUUGAAAACCAUGUUGGAAUGCUCUUUUUAUCUUAAUAGGUUGUGGUGGAAAGUUUGUAUUACUGUAUGUUUUGACUAAGUAUGACAUGCAAGGUCUUGCACAUCCUCAGUUUCCUUACCAUUUUUCAUUUUGCCUUUUUGAAAUCUGUUGAGAAACCAAAUAGUGACUAAUAAAGGCACAUUCACAAUGAAAAAGCAAUGAUAUGACAUUGUGCAUUUUACCCAGAAUUGUUCUGCCACAUGGUGUGGGUGAUGGACUGUUAAGACUGUCAGUGUCAGUACAUGCAGUAUUAUUUUUUUAUUUCUUUGGGUCACAUUCAUAGUCUUUUGUACAGUUAUUGGGAUAGACUUAGUAUGAUACAUAUGGCAAUAGUAUUAGUUGAACUACCAGGGAUGAAUUUAUUGUAAAGUGCCUGCUGCAAAAUAAAGCUCUUGGAUCAUCUUUAACUGACAACUUUGUUGUAUUAUAUCAUCAAAAAUUAAGGUUGGAUUUCCAACUUGUCAAGAGAAGCAGUGAGGAAAUGCCUACUUGAUGCAAACUAGUGUAAUUUCAAUUUAAUAAAUCCUGCGCUAAAGUAAAUUUAUUAUUGGAACGUCACUUUCAGGGUGUCUUGAGAUGCACAAAGUCAUAGAUGUAUGUUAAACUAAAAUUAAAGCUAUCUUGAACCCAGUUCAUAAUUAGUGCUGGUUCAGCCAAUUGUGCAUAUAACUGGCUGAGAUGGGAAAUUGAUCAGAAGUAUUUUUAGGACAACUGAUUCCAUUCCUGUUUGGGCAAAAUCAUCAUAAAUGUGUUUUAAUGACAGUUUAUUUAUGCAGAUAUCUCCUUUAGCAGUAUGGUGACACUGUGUAUAUUAUGUGUAGGCAUUACAUUGCUGUUUCAAAGAUAUAUUAAAGUUAUGAACUAGCUGACACGUGUAUUGUGAAAAAUUAUGAAGUCUAUACUAAGGACACUGGCCCUUGCAUUUGUGGAGUAAUAUUCCUCUUGUUUAAGUUCUAUGUUCCAGCAGCUCUUUUCAGCUACCCUGUUUACAUUACAAAUUGGCUUGAGAAUAUGGCUGUCUUCUAUAGCAGACAUCAACAGUAAGACAGAAUCAAAGGAAUUGUGCUGAACUGCUUUUACACACAGUAAAACAGUUGCAAACCAGCUGGACUGGUUAGGGUGACAUAAGACUCUUUGUUACAUUUUUUAAUAAAUAUCUUUUGUAAUGUUACUUCCCAAGAUUCAGUGGUGGCUCAGGAUAUUUAUUUCAGCAAAACAUGGACAUUGCCAGGACUCUGGUUUGGAAACGCUAUGGUUAGCUGUUCUGACUCUGGCCUCACUCGUCCCGUCAGCUGUCAAGACUUGACACUCAAUUCAAUCUUUAUGUCUGUGCCUUGCUUCCCUAUAAUCUACAUUUUGAACAUUUCUAUCUGCUUUCGCUUGGUGCUUUGUCAGAUUACACUACGAUAUGCCUUGGGCUUUCUACAUUAAAGGCACUAUAUAAAUCAAAA